GCGCGUCUCACAAGGCUGUUUCUUCAUAGGAGGUAAAAUAAAGUCAAGUAUAAAAGAGCUCAGCAUCAAACAGUUAACAUCAUAUACAUUCUUUGUGUCCAUUUGUUCAUUUCAGAAACAACUUUAAACGAUCAAAAUGUUCAAACUUUUCAUCUUCGCCUGCUUCGUCGCUCUCGCCGCCGCCAAGCCCGGAGUCCUGCCUCUGGCGUACACUGCUGCGUACACCGCCCCCGUCGCUGCUGCGUACACAGCUCCAGUGGCCGCAGCGUACACCGCUCCAGUGACUUACUCCGCGUACGCGGCUUACACCGCACCAGUGGCCUAUUCCGCUUAUACUUACGCGUCUCCAUACUCCGCAUACUACCUUCGCCGUUGAUUUUACCAUAACAAUGAAUUAUAUUUAAAUGAUGAAUAAAUAAUUUGAACAGUU